UCGAGGGCACAAAACCAGGUUGUUCUCGCAGCAUCAAUAUGCACGAAGGGCGGGAAAGCGGUCAUCUCGCGACAGUUCCGCGACAUGUCAAGGGCGCGCAUCGAGUCGCUCCUGGCUUCAUUCCCCAAGUUGAUACCCACCGGCACACAGCACACCUCAGUCGAAACUACGGACGUCCGCUAUGUCUACCAGCCGCUUGAAGAGCUCUAUAUUCUUCUCAUCACGAACAAGGCAUCGAACAUCCUGCAGGACAUCGAGACCCUCCACCUUUUCGCGCGCGUCGUCUCAGACAUGUGCAGGAGCGCAGAGCAACGCGAGAUACAGAAGAACGCGUUCGAGCUGCUGGGCGCGUUCGAUGAGAUCGUCAGCCUCGGCUACCGCGAGGCCGUCAAUCUUAUGCAGGUGCGCAGCGUGCUGGAGAUGGAAAGUCACGAAGAGAAGAUCCAGGAUAUCAUCGCCAGGAACAAGGAAGCGGAGGCAAAGGAGGAGCUCAAGCGGCGCGCGAAGCAGCUCGAGAUGCAGCGCCGUGAACAGCAGCGGCGCACUGCGUCAGGCGGACCAUCAGGCGGCAGCUAUCUUGGCGGCGGUGUGACAGGCUACGCCCCCGUCCCGCAGCGCUUCGACGCAGCGCCCUCGCCGGUGCGCACCGCGUCUCCUGCGCCAUCAUCACUGCGUGGUCCCGCGUUCAAGGGCAGCGGCAUGAAGUUGGGCAGCAAGAAGACGCGGCAGUCAGAGCUACUAGAUGCCCUGGGCAGCGAAGCGCUACUCUCGGAGGAUAUGUCAACGCCUGGCACGCCAGCCGCAUCACAUACGCCUGAGCUGCCAGUGGUAGCGUCGGCUCCUAAAAAUGACAGGGGAAGUUUGCCUCCCGUCAAUGCUGAGAGUGUACACGUUGUGAUUCGCGAAACAAUCAACGCCGAGAUAGUUCGGGACGGCGGUCUCAAUAACAUGGAGCUCAAGGGCGACAUGAACCUGCACAUUAGCGACCCGGCCCUUGCCCGCCUCAAGCUGACUCUCGCACCACCCUCAACGGCAUUCGGGCCCGAGCUGCAGUUCAAACAGCACCCCAACGUGGCCAAAUUCGCUGCAAACCGUGAUCGUGUUGUUGCGUUGAAGGACCCUUCUCGCAGCUUCCCAGUUGGCCAGGCAUUGGCUGUCCUGAAGUGGAGAUACUCGGGCAAGGACGAGACCUACGUCCCUCUUUCCAUCAACUGCUGGCCGACCCCUUCCAAUGAUGGAACGUGUGAAGUGAAUAUCGAAUAUGAGCUGGAGAACGAGGGUCUCACUCUACACGAUGUGGUCAUAUCGAUUCCCCUACCGGACGGCUCUUACCCGACUGUGUCCUCCCACACUGGGGAUUGGGCGCUGAACCCCUCCAGCCACUCGCUCGAUUGGUCAAUUCCCUUGGUCAACGCUGAGGAUCGAUCGGGUUCACUGGAAUUCUCGGUGGGUGGAGACGACCCGGGGGCCUUCUUCCCUGUGAAAGUAUAUUUCAUCAGUGAAGGUAAUGUGGCGGGUGUUCAUCUCGCAUCUAUCACGCGGGUGGACAACGGAGAAGAAGUCGUUUACUCUGAAGACGCCGCUGUGCACGUCGAAAAUUAUACCGUGGUCUAG